AGAUCACUGAAAUUGGAUGGUCUGGUAGAAGAAAAUUCAUUUGAUUCUUCAAAAAUCACAAAGAAGCAAAGUGUUAUACCUUACUCUCCAACAACUGGAACUUGUCAAAUGAGCCCAUUUGCUUCUCCCACAAGCUCUGAAGAACAAGAGCACAGAAAUGGACCAUCAAAUGGAAAGAGAAAAAAAUUGAAUCCUCUCAGUUUAACUGAAAGAAAGGAAUCUACAAUGGAAGACAAUGAUGAAUUCAUGAUGUUGCUAUCUAAAGUUGAGAAAUCAUCAGAAGAAAUCAUGGAGAUAAUGCAAAAUUUAAAUAGUAUACAGGCUUUGGAGGGCAGCAGAGAGCUUGAAAAUCUCAUUGGUAUCUCCAGAACAUCAUAUUUCUUAAAAAGAGAAAUGCAGAAAACCAAAGAACUGAUGACAAAAGUAACAAAACAAAAACUGUUUGAAAAGAAGAGUUCAGGACUUCUUCACAAAGAAUGUCGUCUUGACAGCUAUGAAUUCCUUAAAGCCAUUUUAAACUGAGGCAUUUAGAAGAAAUGCACUCACUAUGAGCAGCAACCUCUGCAUCUGCCUGAUCAUAUUUAAAGGAACAGAGAAAUAUUUGUAAUUAAUCUGCCCAGUAAAUACCAGCUCAUAGCACUAGGCAGGUGCGUGUCUAGAUAAAAUUUCUUGCAGCUAAUUUAAACUUUCUACACACACCAGUAGAUAAUCUCAAUGUAAAUAAUACAUUUCUUCUUGACCCUUUAACAUAAAGCCAACAUGUACAGGAGGAUCUUGUAUUCUGUAUCACAUACGUUUCUGUAUACUUUUAUCAUUUGUGGAUAGACUUAAUAAAGCAUAUGUGAAAAUGGCA